CUGGUUCCUAGUUAGAAUUUGACUGAGAAAGCUGGAGAAGAGCGGACUGCUCGGAGACUUUAUAGCAAUUGCCAAAAAGAUCACAGAUUGAACCAAUGGCUGCUAUCCGCAAGAAGCUCGUGGUUGUAGGAGACGGCGCCUGCGGGAAGACCUGUCUACUUAUUGUCUUCAGCAAAGAUGAGUUCCCCGAGGUGUAUGUGCCCACCGUGUUUGAGAACUACGUGGCGGACAUCGAGGUGGACAGCAAGCAAGUGGAACUUGCCCUGUGGGACACAGCCGGUCAGGAAGACUACGACCGACUUCGCCCUCUAUCCUAUCCGGACACCGAUGUCAUUCUGAUGUGCUUCUCCGUGGACAGUCCCGACUCCCUGGAAAACAUCCCCGAGAAGUGGGUACCGGAGGUGAAGCACUUUUGCCCAACCGUGCCGAUCAUACUGGUGGCCAACAAGAAGGACUUGCGGAACGACGAGAACGUGAGGAACGAGCUGGCGAGAAUGAAACAGGAGCCGGUGAAAACGGAGGACGGCCGAGCCAUGGCCGUGCGCAUCGGGGCGUACGACUACCUGGAGUGUUCGGCGAAGACGAAGGACGGCGUGCGGGAGGUUUUCGAGACAGCCACCCGAGCUGCUCUGCAGAAGCGCUCGAGCCAGUCGGGGGGCUGCGCGAACUGCUGUAAGCUGCUGUGAACUCUUUUGUUAAAUGACUGAAACUACUGAAAACUAGCAAAUGAAGCGCAGCGAGUCUCCCCGGCGUCCGUCUGAAUGACCGGGAUUGAAGCAACUCGUCGGAGAGACGGGACUCGUGCUCUUUGUGCUAGUUUCGAAACGGCAGGACGAGAGAUGCACGGGCACUAUGUCCUGAUUCACUCCCAGUGAUAAAGACUAUUUUAUGACCACCGAUUUUACUGGGCGGGUGGGGGACUUCGCUGCAGCCAAUGGGCUCGUAGGGUGUGGGGGGGUCGAAGUGUGUUCAACGCACAACGGCACUGUCAGAUUUUGAGGAUUUUAAAAAAAUGCCACGUUACUGCAUUAAGCUGUUUGUUGACUGUAUGGACAGAAACUUUGGUGAGGACGCAUUUGGUUUGCCAAACCCAUCAAUAAAUGUUACUAGCAAUAUUGGCCUGGCUAUGUCUCUGUGAUGCCGAGCACAAGACAACUCGAUGACUCUUCGAAAUUAGACCUGUGGACCGAAAUCUUUGACAUUAUUGAAGCAGUUAAGUGGGCAUUUGACGAGGAUGAACGAGGGGCGAGAGCGAUGGUUGUGGUGCAGCAUGGCGCGCAGGCCGUUUCGAUUUUACGAGGCUUUGUCUCAGUUUUUGGGGAGACUAACUGUAAUUUUUUUUUUAAGUGGAUGUUUUGAACGGGAGAGCCACCCGCUUUGCUGCGUCCAUCGUUUCCCACAUUUUGCACAAGGUCUUGGAUCUAGCCCAAGGCUCUACCCCAAAGCUCAACAUCAGCAUUUAAACGCACCAUCCUCUGAACUUUUAUAAUACAAUUAUUUUAUUUUUUGCUCAGUUAAUACUACAGUUGAACAAGCCACCAUCAGUCGUCUUUAAAUAUAAGGCGCAGUUCAAAACACAAACCAAUCUGCCACGAUUGCACUGUGCAUAAGAUACGAGGCUGAGAUGUUUGGUAAAGAAAGGUUUAAACACCCAAUUGCCUCUUGUAUCUUAAUUAGUGUUAUGCUUUCUCUGUUACGGAGGGGGCCUAUUAAGAUCGGUAUUGUGCUAUACUAUUUUUAUACGUCUUUAAGCCUGUGGUACAAAGGAUUUUCUUUGUUUUAAAAAAAAUGACUGAGUUUCAAGACGUAUGAAAUGUUUACAACAAACCAUGAAUAUGUGAGCUGUAUAAUCGGUUUUUGCAAAAACAAAAAAGUAUUAAACGUUUAAAAUGAA